UCGACGCUUCGAUCGUUCGAUCCGUUUCUGUCAUUUCCGCUCGUUCAUCCGCCGUCACCGCCGCUUUCCCUAUAUGAUAUAGUAAUAAUAUUUAUAACAAUCAAAAUAUCAUCAGAUGAUAUUAUUUUGCCGAACGUCGUUUUGUAAUAGUCACUUGUCGCGCAUUGGUCUCAUAAAACUAUUUAUUUUUUUCACGUUUUUCGGCCGCCGAUUUAACCAUAAUAAUACGCGUCUAGUAUAAUAUUCUGCCUUUUAAUAAUCAUAAUAUCAAAAAAAUAUUAUAAUAUUAUUUUACUAGUAGACCACAACUAUCGUCAACGCGUCCCACUCGGUUGCUCAUCCGCCCGCCAGCGAUUCCGCGAGUAAAAUAAUAUAUUAUAAUAAGAAUAUUAAUUACUUGACACGACGAUUUCGGACGAACAUGGCCGACCAAGGAUGCAUCGAUUUCUUGGAAAAGGAAAGGAUUUCAAAAGAACUUAGAGUUAGCAUGAACGAAUGGAGAGAAAUUAUUGUAUUGUUGAAUGCAAUAAUGUCGUGGCAGAAAAAUUGGUUUCCCGCGAUUACGGUUUUAUGUGUAACGAGUUUAUACCUGUACGUGUGGCUGGUCAACUGUUCGAUACUAAACAUGAUAUGGAUGGCCGGCCUAUGCGCGGCUCUGUUGGAUUGMAUCGUGUGUGGUCCAUUUCAAAGAAUCUUGCCACCUAGCAGUUGGGAUCAGGAUAAGGAGCGCACGUUCACGGAUAUCUCUGAUUGGGCAGCAGAUUGUUGGGUGACGACAAAGCUGUACAUGAGCCGAUUUUUCAAUCUCAGACAAACACAUCCAAAACUGUUUCAUUCUGUCUUGUCGGUAUCGUUCUUCAGCCUUUUGUACAUUGGAACCACAUUCAACAAUUUGUUCAUGUCAUAUAUUACAAUUUUGGGAAUUUUGCUGUUUCCCGGAUUCAAAACAAAAUCGGAAUACAUCGAAGAUAGUCUACAGAGGUACGCUCAUCAGAUGCUGUCGGGCCACGACGACGAGACGUCUUCAUAAGGCAAACUCCUCAAAUCCAAUUAUAUCUAUUUAACCAGCUCAUUUAACGUUUCAGUGUAAAAUAGAUUGGUGUAUAGAGUUCAUUAAAUAAUUUUUUCGCCUCUUAAUUUCCAUAGAUAAAUAUAGUUUGGCAUAUACCCCUACCAUUUACAGUAGGUAAUAUUUUUGUGUGUACGUGUACCUAUGUUAUGUUAAUUAUUAUAAUAAUCGUUAACUGCAAAAGAACAAUUUGUGAAUCAUAGAAAUCGUGGUUUAUAGUGAUG